CACAAGUCGAAAUGAGAAUUUUGAUUACAAUUAAGAUUAUCUAAUACUUCAUAGUACGAGAUCAACAUUUCAUUAUCAAUGUUUAGAGUAUGUCAUUUAAAGAACAUUUUCUUCCGUGGUAACACUAUUAUGUCGUUUAAAUGAGUAUUUUAAAUCAUCGAGCAAAAUCUAUUUUAUUCGUAUUGUUAAUUGUCAUAUAAUAUGAACCAUAAUUGUAUGAAUAUCACGUUGUCAUUAUAAUUUAUAUUUUUCCACAAUGAUCAACUUUUUCGAUAAUCAAAAUCAAUAGAACUCGCAAUAAUUACUCUGAUUUUAUAAGUAACUAAAUAAUAUUCUAUCUAUUAAUGUUACUCUCAUCAUGAAUACAGUAUCUUCCAUCACAUUAUUGUGAAUAAAUAAUAAAAGAAACGAAUCAUAUGGAUAUAAUGCUUUUGUUCGACUAGAUGACUUUUGAGCACAAACGAUCGAACUGUGAAGAAAAUCAUAUCUAACUAAUAUGUUUGUAUGGAUAUAAUUAGAUCCUCCUCCUGCAGUAGGAACUUCUAUACCAAGCUCUAUAGUAGUAAAUUUUCUCUAUCUCAAUUAUUCUUGUCGUCUAACAUUAUCUUUGAGAUUGAUAUCGAUUUUGAUGAAUAUCUCUUGAUACCAAAGGGAAUAAAUAUUUUCUCUUGUAUACAUUGUUGAUAAAAUCUGAUGAAUAUCAAACAGAGCAAUAUCAUUACAAAGAAAAAACAUAAAGGGAUGGUGGAAAGAGUAUGGUAUUUAUGGAAAAUAUUUUCAUUAUUACUGAUGCAUGGCAAUUGGUUUCUACAGAAACUCACACCUUCACAUUGACUAAGAGAAGAAUCUAAAACUUAUUCCUUAUAGACCUUUUUGUAAUAUUGAAAUAUUUACGUAUUUUUGAAAUCUUAGCUAUUUACAAUGACUUCAUACAUUAAAAUUUAAAGUUUUUUCGUUGAAAACAAAUACUAAAAGCUAGUGAUGUAAUCAAUAGCACGUGACCGUUUGCAUAUAUAUUGAUAUAUUUCGAAAGUAAUCUGAAUGUUGCGACAUCUGUAUUCAUCGACAUAUACAUAUUUUACCAGAUCGCUUUACAUAUAGUUUUUAUUAUAGUCGGUAGAUUUAAUUUAGCAGAGCAUGCUUAUCUUCUUUAAUUUUUUUCUGGGAACUUAUCUCUUUUUUAGCAACUGCGAUACAGUUACGCGUAACCACGUCGUAAUCGACAACAUGGAAACGAUCCUUUAUCUUUUAAACCAUUUCCGAUAUUAGAAUAGUUUUUGAGAUAUAUUCAUGGCGUAGAAUCUUGAAUUAAAUAUUGACGAAUUGUAAACUAUUUAUAAUUUAGAUGAAUAUCUAAUCAUAAGACUCUAUCUGUUUCAUUUAUCGACAAACGACACACAUCUGUUUGUAAUGAUGUCUCUCUCUCUCUAAUCGACAACGAAAACAGCACCAAUCGUUAAGUUUCAAAAAAAGCACAAAUGGAAGUAAUCCUAUUGAAUCAUGUUUAAUAUUAAUUUUGAAUUAAAAUUAAUCACGGAAACAAAAAACUUAUAAGCAUCAUAAUACAAUGAAUUAAUCACUUGUCCAAUACAUACUGCCCUCUGCCUUUAUUUCUAUUGGUUUAAAACUAUGUUGUUUUUUGAUUCGUUUGAACAAAUGGACAGACAAAACAUAUUUACGCAUCAUUUUAUAGAUAUUUUAUAAGAUAAAACUCUUUCUUUUAGAAAAGGGAAAAAUAUCAUAAUUUUUUCAUGCCUAAACCAAGUCGAUCAGCAUUUUAUUUUUAUGCUCUUGAAUAUCAACGUCGUUGUCAACAAAAUUCUGGUCAACGUUUAAGUAUUAAUGAUGCUAUAGCAGCAUGUUAUGAUGAAUGGAAAUUAUUAUCUGAUGAUGAUAAACAACCAUAUAAAAUUUUAUAUGAAGAAUGGCGUCUACAAUAUCGUUUAGAUCCUGAUUCAACUAUUAAUUCUAAUCAACGUUAUUUACAAGCAAAAAAAACUCUUAAACAAGAAAUAAAAAAUGAAAAAAUUCUUAGUGAACGUGAUAUACCAUGUGAAGAAUUAAAAAUUCAUUAUGAUCGUUUUAGUUCUGAACGAGAUUAUUUAGCAUUUGAAUAUUUACCAUUAGAUAUAAAUGAAUUAUUAACAAUGCCAAUAUAUAUAAUUAAUUUUCAAAUAUUUUGUAAAGUUGAUGAAGAAGAUGGUGGACAAUAUGUACCAGCUGAAAUGUGUAUUCUUCGUGUAAGAAUUUAUUUUACAAGAAAAAGCAAAAAGAAAUUUCUUUUCCUUUUUUUUUU